CCCAAUGUUGCUCCACCAAUGAUGCAGGCGGGAACCAUGAUGGCGAUGCAGUUCCUGCAGGCCGCAGACAUGAUUGCGCGGCUGCCUUUGCCUGCUAGCCUCCCUCCGCCCAAGCGUCAGCGUCCUGAAUACUUCGACAGCCCGUUUGGACCGUGGAUGGGAAUGACUGGAUGUGAUAAAUCAGUGGGAGUCCCUUAUGGGCCUCACAUACACAAUGAGAUGCCUUCUGGCGGAUCUUAUGAGAGCCAUCUUCCUCCAAAUGCAUCAAAUACCCUAUAUGUUGACGGUCUCCCUACCAACUGUACUAGACGGGAACUUACACGUAUCCUUUUUUGCAUAGUAUUCUCUUUCUAUGUUUAUGUUCUCACCAAUCGACCUCUCAAUCUUUUCUGUUGUGUUUUAGCUUUCAACAUUUAUUGCUUCAGCUCCUUGACUCUUCUUUCUCUAGACAUAUUUCGCCGUUUUACCGGGUUCUGUGAUGUAAGGCUAGUCAACAGAGGAUUUAAUAAUAGACAUGUAAUAGCUUUUGUUGACUUUGACACUCCUGGCCAAGCCUUUUCUGCCAUGGAGUCUCUGCAAGGUUACAUGUUUGACAUAUAUGACCCAUACACACACAAAUUGCACCUCCAAUUCUCUUCUCCUGGUCCGAGGUCAGGCGAUGGACCUCGCGGUAGGCGUUAAAUCAUGUGGGUCUGGGUUUCUUCUAUAUCAAUCUGAAACCUUCAAUCUUCAACUUCAUUGCUUCUGUUACCUCAUGAGCGAGAACGGAUAACUUGAUUGUUUCUCAGACUUUACCUGAUACGCUAUAAUAAUCCUAGGUUAGAACUGGAACCGGUAUUUAGUUACAUGUUUUAUGAGAUGCUAUAGUUGUUAUGAUGCACUGUAACUUAUCGUGUACUAUCUGCCUGACCCAUACAAUACAAAUAUGCAACAGUGGCUUAAACUUUUCUGAG